CGUGCGCCGCUCUGUCACAGCUGUGCGCCUUACGCCGCACACACACUGUUCCAUUCCAUUCAACAGAAGAAUAUCCAUUGGAAUUUAUUUAUUUAUUUUUUUCAAAAUUUUCACUUUUCGAAUUUUCUCCGGAGAAUUUCAUGCAUGUCGGCGAAAAUGGAUUCCGAAAGGUCAAUCUACGGCGCUAUCGCCGGAAACUUCUUCAGGCCGCCGACGGCAUCGGCGGCGACGCUCCUCCUCCUCCUCACAGUCGUCGCCGUCGUAUCGCUGCAAAUCGCGACGAGGACGGAGUUUCCGAGGUGGACGACUCCGGAAGUCCCGGUGGCUUCGGAGGAUCCGAGGAGCUGCGGCGGAUUCUUCGGGGUAGCUGCGCAGAGGAGGAAGGUGGUGGUGUCAAUAAGGGAGUUUGGCGGCGUCGGCGACGGGAAGACGUCGGAGACCGAAACGUUUCGGAAGGCGAUACGGUAUUUGCGGCGUUUCGGAGAUAUAGGCGGUUCGCAGCUAAACGUUCCUCGAGGGAGGUGGCUGACGGGGAGCUUUAAUCUCACCAGUAAUUUCACGCUUUUUCUUGAGGAAGGUGCUGUGAUUUUGGGAUCUCAGGACCCAGAGGAGUGGCCUGUAAUUGAGCCAUUGCCUUCUUAUGGAAGAGGGAGAGAGAGAUUAGGAGGGAGACAUAUAAGCCUUAUUCAUGGGGAUGGUCUCACAAAUGUUGUUAUUACAGGGCAGAAUGGGACAAUUGAUGGUCAAGGGAAAAUGUGGUGGGAACUAUGGUGGAAUAGAACAUUGAAUUACACCAGAGGUCAUCUUGUUGAGCUGAUGAACUCUCACAACAUUCUCAUCUCCAACCUCACAUUCCUCAACUCCCCCUUUUGGACCAUCCAUCCUGUUUACUGCAGUAAUGUUGUCGUAAAAAAUAUGACAAUUUUGGCCCCCCUUAAUGCUCCAAAUACAGAUGGUAUCGAUCCAGAUUCAAGCUCCAAUGUCUGCAUAGAAGACUGUUACAUUGAGAGUGGGGAUGAUCUUGUAGCGGUGAAGAGUGGUUGGGACCAGUAUGGAAUCAAAAUGGCUUGGCCAAGCUCAAACAUUAUUGUUAGGAAAGUCUCAGGUACUACUCCGACCUGCUCUGGAGUUGGAAUAGGAAGCGAGAUGUCUGGUGGGAUUUCAAAUGUUACUAUCGAGGAUGUGCACAUCUGGGAUUCAGCUGCCGGGGUGCGUAUAAAAUCAGAUAAGGGUAGAGGAGGUUACAUAGCAAACAUUAGUAUAAGCAACAUUAAGAUGGAGAGAGUCAAAAUACCGAUAAGAUUCAGUAGAGGUUCCAAUGACCACCCCGACGAAGGAUGGGAUCGUAAUGCCGUUCCCAAAGUGAAAGGUAUUUUUAUCAGCAAUGUGCUGAGCUUGAAUUCGACGAAAGCCCCUGAAUUGAAGGGCAUUGAGGGUGCAUCAUUUGAAGAAAUUUGCUUUAAAAACUUCACAGUACUCGGUUUAGGCCAAUCCGCAGCAUGGCAUUGCGAGUUAGUUUCAGGUUAUGCCAAUGGGGUGUUUCCGCCACCCUGUCCUGAGUUGCAAAAAGGUGGCUCUUCGCUCUGGUGUCCAUAGCAUCGAGCAUGUGAGCCUGUGGAUAAAUUCACAAUGAUUUUGUGUUUGGAAUUUGGAGGUUCUCUGUUGAUUAUGCUGCAGCAACCGGGUUUGCUCUGAGCAGUCGAGUUGAUGCGAAACACACUGCUAAAAUGAGCAUGAUUGGAGUUGCUUUGCAUCCAUUGAAUUAUCAAGCUCGUUGUACUGUUUUGUCGGAGAAAGAUGCAAUUCAUUGGGGCACUUGGACUGGUUUCAACAUGUCCAUCUGUUGGUUUCAAGAAUUUAUUGGUAGGUUGCGUUUUUUCGAGAUUCUUUCAUUGAUUAUUUUUUAAGGGGUUGAUUACCGGUUCUAUUCCAUACACAGUCUCAUUUACUUACAGAACCAGAAAAUGGGGUGUCUUUCUAUUCCCAGCCCCAACAGGAAGAGAGCAAUGUCAUGUAUAGAGGCUUCACAGAAAACAUUAAAAUAUUGAAUACUACUACUCAUUUGUCUCAUUGCUG